AUGUCUAGCGAUUUCGCUAUCUAUAUUCGAGACAAGCUUUUCGACAGCAAAACAUCUGUCGACCAUAAAAUCUUACAUAGUGUAAACAAGAAAGGUGAAUUUGUUCUAAAGUUCUGUUUCUGGGAAUAUGACAAGAACCAUAAAACAUUAAGCAGAGCAGUCUUAAAAUUUGUCAAUGACAGACUUGUUGACAGAGAUGACGCCUCUUGGAGAGAUGAAGUCCAACAAAACUUCUUAGAAUGCAAAGAAGACACAUGCGCUGUUCUUGAAGAUGAAAUAGAAAACAGAAUAGAAGAGCUAUUAAAGGACAAAGAACUUUUACAAAAAUAUGGUUCUGA